UGGGAACGGUGGUGGAGGAACUUCAUCUCCAAACGUCAGACACACUGUGUGUAAUUAGUUAAGGAAAGGACUCGAGAGGAGGGUUGAGCUCCGAGAUCAUUGUGAUGCAGACAUCUCCCCUGAACCGAUCGGAUUCAUUCUCUCUCUCAGGCUCACUCUCUCACACACACACGUCACGUGUGUCUUCACGGAACCGGCGUGUACACGGCGCAUAAGUUAAUACAUGAAACUGAAAAAAAAGUGACAGUUGGGGAGACAAACGAAAUGUCGGAAGAUAAGCGCUAACCCGUGCAUGGUUUAAAAUGGCUAAUCAGACCGGAUGCCACUAUGACAAGCUUAUGGACUUCUUCUACGACAACAGAAACAAGACUGGAAGUGACUGGGAUUCCACCCAACUCAUUGUCGUACAGAUCUUCGGCUUGCUGCUCUGCACGUUUAUCUUGGUGUCGAACGGCAUGAUAGUAGCUGCCGUGAUCAUGAACAAGAGGUUUCAUUUUCCUUUUUACUACCUUUUGGCCAACUUGGCCACCUCGGACUUCCUUGCCGGGAUCGCUUACAUUUACCUGAUGUUCAACACUGGUACGGUGUCCAGGGGACUAACCGUAAAGCUAUACUUUGUCCGUCAGGCCCUGCUGGAUAUUAGCCUUUCGGCCUCCCUGGCCAACCUGCUGGUCAUAGCACUGGAGCGCUACAUUGCAGUCAUAAGCUGGAAAGUACACAGCAACCUCACCAAGCGGAGGGUGAGUUUGCUGAUCAUGUUGGUGUGGGCCCUCGCGCUGUUUAUGGGCGCCGUACCCAGCCUGGGGUGGAACUGCAUCUGCAGCCUGGAGCACUGCUCUUCCCUUGCCCCUAUUUUCAGCAGGAGCUACCUGAUCUUCUGGUCAGUGUCUAACCUGGUGCUUCUUCUGGUUACGGUGGGGAUCUACUUCAGGAUAUAUACCCACGUAAAGAGGAAAACCACUGCCAUGUCCCCAAGCGCAACCUUAAAUCGCAGGAAGACACCCAUUAAGCUCAUUAAGACUGUGAUGACAGUCCUGGGAGCAUUCAUCGUUUGCUGGACGCCUGGACUCGUGAUCCUUUUGCUGGAUGGCAUAGACUGCCAGUUGUGUCACAUACUUAACCUCAAACGCUGGCUGCUGCUCCUUGCCAUCCUGAACUCCGUCAUAAACCCUGUGAUCUACUCCUACAGAGACAAAGAGAUGUGGAUCGUACUCAGAAACAUGCUGAGGUGUGUGUCUAACGUCAAGGGUAGGGAGAUAUUGAGAGCUGAAUUUCAGGUCCUGAAACCCAGUCUGAAUACUGGGAGCUUUCAUCAAGAGACUGUAGAAAGUCAAGACUCUUGAGGAGGUUCUUAAGGCUUGAGCUUAGUCGGAGAUGGGCCUCUGAGGUUGAACGAGGGCAACUGUAAUGUACGCUGUCUGUGUCACGAAGAGUAAUCUUUGAAAUGCAGUAAUGCUACGGAGCACCUGAGACCAGUUGGCAGGUAUGUUUCAGUAUAUUUUUUAUCUUUUCUAGCGCAGUGUUGAGCGCAGUGUUGAGCUGGCACCAAAAGGCCGAGGAAUGGAAGUGGAGUUAAGGUACCUUGAGUUUGUGCCAGUUGUAAUUAAUUAGUGUGUCUCUAUUGAAACAAAUCUAUUACAAUCCCUGCUACUGGACCUCCUAGCCCAGGUCUAGAGGAUCCAUCACUUUUAAAAGUGUGUGUGUGGCGGGGAGGGUUUUUUGCGUUUCCUGCUGCAGGACUGCCGGAAGGUUGCUGUGUUAGCUUUUCAGAUCUCACUGUGUGUUGCCCUCUGCUAGCAAACCUUAUUCUGGCAAAGAUAGAGAACAGUAGUGCAGAACAGUAGUCUUCCUUUUCAUUAAGGGAUUUUCUUAACAGGCAAAAGCAAAUUUCAAUGCAAAAAUAUCAGUCAGCAUUAAGAAACUGUACCACUAUAGCUAUUGUAAUAUCCACGAAAAAGAGAGGUAAACCUUACUGUGAUAACAUCUUGACUUCAUUACGUUUUAUGAGUGUGUAUGUUCAGAAACUGUAUUUAACUGCUUUCUUCCCUGGGUUUCUGCUAAAAAUACUAGUUCACAAGUUCCUGUUAAAUAUACCAAGAUGAUGGUUGCAUGUAUAAACCUUCACAGAGCUACUCCUGUAACGUAAAUGUUUUUAUAUGUA